AUGGAGCACAGGUCUCUCAGUCAAAUACAACAGUCAUUGUCCAGACAGCCCGGUCAAGCGCAGCCUUCACCUCCCCGCAACUGGAGUUCACGUCUUUGUGAAUGUGGAAAGGAUUGGUCUAUCUGCUGCUGUGCAAUUUUCUGUACUUCCUGCUUAGAGAGUCAAGUGGUGCGGGACAUGGGAGAGUCGUGUCUGGUGCCUUGUUGUGUCCCUGGCUGGCUCGUGACUCUCAGGACAAGAAUGAGGACCCUGGAAAAUAUCCGUGGCAGCGUGAUGGAUGACUGCUGCAAGGUCUAUUGCUGCUACCUGUGUGCAUUGUGCCAACUGGCAUACGAGACUAAAGUGGUCAGACAACGUGUGCUGGCAGUUGCAACAGUGUCCAGGCCAGUCUGA